CAGCCGGGGGCAAAGCGGCACGGGCCGGAGCGCGGAGCGCGAUGCGUGCGGGCGGGGAAGCUCCGCACCAGGUGCUGGGCCGGCUGCGGUUCCUGCUGCAGUGCAGCGAGUGCUUCCGCCGCGCCCAGGCGCUGCCCGCCGCGCUCUGCUACGUGCCGCGGGAGGUGCAGUACAAGAUCUGCAAGGACCCCGCCGCCAGCGCCGCCGCCGCCGCCCGCAGCCUGCUCAGCGUCUGGGACAGCCCGGGGCCGGCGCGGGGCGGCAAGCGGGCGGUGCGGGCCACCAUCGAGGUGCGGAAGGGCGGCUGCCUCCGCGCCACCGGCGAGGAGUACUGCAACAGCGCCGGGCUCUGGGUCAAGCUCAGCAAGGAGCAGCUGGAGGAGCACACGGGCAGCCAUGACCUGGCGGAGGGCUGGGUCCUGGCGCAGAGUUUCGGAGAGGGAGGAGAUAAGUUGGUCCCGGUUGACUCCGCGGAGAGGAUCCAGUGGCAGAAGCAAGCGUUCGGGAAUGACUAUAAGCCCGCGGUCAGCUGGGAACAAGUGGUGGACCUGACCUACUCCAUGCACCUGGGAGAGAAGCCCAGACUCAUAGAGCAGGAUGAGGCUGCAGUGCAGAAGUUUCGGUCUGUGCCGCCGGGCUGGAGCUAUGAGCAUGACAUGGAGCUGGGGCGCUUCCUGUAUGAUCACAGUGAGAAGGAACUGCAACGUGGGGGAUGCACGAUGGAGCACGUCAGCAACAUCGAGGUCUCCUCGCAGGUGGGGGACUGUGGAGCCGCCAUCCUGUUGGACAACCCGACACAGAGCUUCUGGGAGAGCAACGGGCCCCCGGGAGAGCACUGGGUGCGGCUCAGCAUGAAGAGAGGCAGCCUUGUCAAGAAGCUGUGGCUGGUGCUGAAUGGGAGUGAGAACUCAUACAUACCCAGGCGGGUGGCUGUGUAUGGAGGGACACUGAACAGGCUGCAGCACAUAAGAACUGUUCUGAUCAAUGAGAACAGCUACCAGUGUGUCUGCAUCCUCCGCAACAUGAAGUUCCACCUGCCAGUGCUGGAAAUCCGCUUCCUGGAAUGCCGGGACCAAGGGUACAAUGUCCGCCUGAGAGGGAUUAAGAUUAAGUCCUUCUGGGAGUGGGACCUGGUUCUGAGCUCUGCCAUGUUCCAGCCAGCCCGGCUGGUGCGUUACCCUCUCCUGGAAGGGGUGGACACCAGUGUGCUGUACCGGCGGGCAGUGCUCAUUCAGAGGUUUGUCCAGAUCCUGGACAGUGUCCUGUGUUACCUGAUCCCCCGCUCCGAGGACAGCACUGGCACCUUCAAUGCACUCAGGGACAUGAAGCCAUUCCUGCUGCUGUGCAAGCAGAGCACAGCCUUCAUUGCCGACUGUCUGCAGUCCUCGGAGAGCAGCCCCCCUGCCAUCCUGCCAAAGCUGCGCAUCAACAGGCUGCUGGCCCGGGAGCACCGUGCCAAGCCCACGCUGGACCCUAGCUACAGGCACACUGUGUUCACCCAGCUGUAUGAAGGCCUCAGAUCUUUCAAGCACAAUCAGCCCCUGGACUACAGAUGGCCCACAAACUGCACACAGUGGUGGGAGUGCGAUUUCAUCACUGAGGGCAUCGUCGACAAUGGUGGUGGUUUUCGGGACACCCUGUCAGAUAUGUCGGAAGAGCUGUGCCCCAGCUCGGACAAUAUCCCUGUGCCCCUGCCCUUCUUCAUCCGCACCUCCAACCAGGGUAACAGCAGCAGUGACACCAGGGACAUGUACGUCCCCAACCCCUCCUGCAAGGACUUUCCCAAGUACAAGUGGAUCGGUCAGUUGAUAGGAGCAGCCCUGAGGAGCAGGGAGUUCCUGAUGCUGGCUCUGCCGGCGCUGGUGUGGAAGCAGUUGGCAGGGGAAGAGGUCGUCUGGAGCAAAGACUUUGCUGCUGUGGAUGCGGAGCUGGUGAAGCUUCUGGAGAUGAUGGAGGGGAUGGACAGGGAAGCCUUUGAGUUCAUGUUUGGCAAAGAGCUGACCUACACGGUUGUGCAGAGUGACCAGCAUGUGAUGGAGCUGAUCCCCAAUGGCAGCAACACCGUGGUGCGCUAUGAGGACCGCAGGGAGUUCAUCCGCUUGGUGCAGAAGGCUCGACUGGAGGAGAGCAAGGAGCAGAUCGCAGCCAUGCGUGCUGGGCUGCUGUCUGUGGUGCCACAGCCUGUGCUGGACCUGCUCACCUGGCAGCUGUUGGAGAAGAAGGUCUGCGGGGACCCCAAGAUCACUGUGUCUGACCUGUGGAGGUUCUUCACAUUUGAGGACUUUGCGCCCGAUGACACCAGUAUCCAGAACUUCCGGGAGGCACUCAGCAACUUCACCAGUGGUGAGCAGCCCCAAUGCUUUCCCCACUCUUCCUGUGCAGGAGAGUGGGCAUGGGAAUGGGGUACCCACUGCCCUGUGCCAUGGGGAUGCUCAUCAGGGGAUCUCAGCCACUUCCUAAAGUUCGUCAGUGGCCGGAGCCGCCUCCCAGUUCAGAUCACUGUCUACCCAGACAGGUCAAACCUCAACGCAGUGGAUGUGAUGCCACGGGCCUCCACGUGCUCCUGCACCUUCUUCUUGCCCAGCUAUUCCUCGGCCAAGACCUGUGAGGAGAUGCUGCGGUACGCUGUGUACAACUGUGUGUCCAUCGACACCGACAGGGAUGAAUGAAGCCCCCAAGACAUCCCAUGCCAUGGAACCCACAUGCUCCAGGGACACUGGCAUGAAUAAAGCCGCAGGGCCGGAUCCUGCUGUCCUGCCCCA